UCAAAUAGUAUACCAUAGGCCGAGGGAUUAUACGCCACGCGAGAACAGGCGAUAAAGGAAGUAGACAGACUCUGGAUCCGGUUCGUGGAUACUUCUUUGGGGACCGCGCUCACGUGUAAGUUACAUGUGUGUGCGUGGAUCCUACGAAGGUCCAUAGGCCUGAGCAGGCACCACCAUAGCUAUUUCCAACGAUCUUUGUGGGAGCAGUCCGGUGGCGGUCGCUGCGCUUUGAAGAGGCACAUGGUUUCGAGUUCCGCUUUGUAAGCAGAUGCCAACGGAGCCAAAAAUCCGCGUUUAGUCGUUACUCUCCCUCUCUUCAUCGCAUACGAUUCCUGUAAAAUUCUCUUACCGGUUAUGCAUGUUUAUCGGAUUGCUUCUUCACGUGGUUUCUGAACGCAUCAUUCCUUCUUAUGGUAAACCUUGGAAAUUCGGGCAUCGAUGGAAUAAAAGUAUUCACGUUUUGUUAUCAAUACAUUUCUUAAGAUUGAAGAUUAAAUGAUAAUCUCCCAGAACAAUCUUGCCGUUCAGAAGAUCCCUGGUACCCUUCCAGUUUUAUUUGCUAGUUAUCGACGCCUGUACUAUAAUUUGACGACAAAACUCGUUGAGACGUGCUUGACAACGAAGGCAAAUUUAAUUAUAAAUACAAGCGAAAUGAUAAUGGCACAGUUCGUGGAAACGGACUACUGAUACGGAAGCCUGAUUUUUAUUUCUGAUAAAAUUGUCAGUCUCCGUAAAAUGUGAUAAAUAUAAAACUUGGCAUAUUUUUUUAUCAAUCAACGCGAGAGCAAUCAUUGCAUUCAUUAGAACAUGAUCCUUGAAAAACGCUCGGUGCUGUUCGUUUUCCUUCUUUACUUCCCUUGUUCACUUUGCGACGAUAAUGCGUCGCAAGAGGCAACGAACAGUAUACCACAUAAAACAUGGAACUCUGGAUCGAUGGAAAAGCACAAGAGCAACACAUAUUAUGAUUUUGCGUCUACGGAGAGUUCUACAAGCUUCGCAAACGAUUCCGAGUUUGCGGACAGUUUCGAAACCAGCUACAAUCCUGAAUCUACAGAGAAUUCUACGAGUUACGAAAAUGAGAAUCCUAUCCUACAAGCCAUUUUACGAACACAUCGUACGAGUUUGAGCACAGAUCCUGGAUCCACGGAAAAUCCUACGAGCACUUUCGGAACCAGCGUAAGCUACAAUCUUGAAUCUACAGAGAAUCCUACGAGUUACGACAAUGAGAAUCCUAAUUCUAUCCUACUGGCCAUUUUACGAACACAUCGUACGAGUUUGAGCACAGAUCCUGGAUUCACGGAAAAUCCUACGAGCACUGUAAAUGAUUUUGAAUCUACGGAUAGUCUCGGAAAUAGCGUAAGUUACAAUUUUAAAUCCACGAGGGAUCUUACGAAUCACGCAAGUGACGAUUCUGGAUCUACGAGUUUGGCAAUCACAGAAUCUGGAUCUACGGAGAAUCCUAGUUUUACAAGUAGUUCUGGAUUACGAACAAAUACGAGAGACUCUACAAUUACCGAUAUCAGUGAAAUCUCAUCUUCGAUUUCCAAUAUUACGCAAUCAAAUUCUACUACUGUGAUUGAUAACAGUUUUAACACUUCAGAUAACACGAUUAGUACUACGAUCGAUCCAACGAUUAACGAUCCGUGCUCAGUAAACGCAAGCGAUAUAAAUAAGGUAAUAAAUUUAAAGACGGAGAAUAAAAGUACAGAAUGGAUCACUCUGUCAUGGGAAUUAUGCAUUAAUGCAACAGACGUUAACAUGACCGAGUAUGUUUAUUCGGUCAAAAUAUGCGAAGCCGAUAAUAAUUUGUCUGACUACAUUUAUUGUAGUCAGACAAAUGAAACUGAUACAUGGUAUAACGCUACCGGUCUCGAUCCAUGUACAGAAUACAUGUUCAUCGUGAAAAUACUUGCGGAAGAUUGGGAAUCCGACGAAGUUUCUCUUACAGAAAUGACAAAUAACACAAUUUCCGAAAUCGGAGAUGUAUUCGAUCUGACUGUGCGGAAUAUCAGCGUUAAAACUAUACAGCUGGCUUGGCAAGCGCCUGUAGCAAACGCAAAAUGCAUAUCCAAUUACUCGAUUGAACAGUGCGACGAGAGUUCCUGUAAUGAGACCACAGUCGUCGCCACGAAUUACACCGCCAACGAUCUUAACCCAUGCACGGAAUAUCAUUUCACUGUUAAAACGGUAACGCAGACAGUGCAAUCCGCCGGUUUAAACGAGACCGCGAAAACAGCUUCGCCGAAAUUGUCAAGCCCGGAAUCUGUACAUAUAAUACCCGGGAAUUUUUCGCUAUACGUUACAUGGGAGCCACCGAAAUCCGAUACGAAUUGCAUCAAGCAUUAUCACGUGUCAUUAUCACGUGUAGAUCCACCACGUACUUUUAUUACCACGAAUACAAGUUUACAGAUUGGAUAUUUGCAUGCUUGUGCGACUUACGAGGUGCACAUCAACGCUGUGAAUGAAGACGAUGUGCACGGAGAAACGGCGACCAAAAGCGGCACCACGAAUCGAUCCAGAACAAAACCACCACAAAUGAUUGCAUUGCCAACGUCACAUGCGACUAACAUCACAAUAAUAUGGAGUAUUGACAAGGAUAACAAUGAUUGCCAGUUGUCGGCCAUAAUUACUGUAUGUAAUUACACAGAAAGAAAAGGAGAAGGCUAUGAUCCUGUGAACAAUUUAUCUUCAACGAACGUAGAUGAGGAGAAUGUGAACAAGCCCAGCUUCACUAUGAACACGACUGUGUCAGAUCUGAGCGCUUAUACGACUUACAGUUGCUGGAGUUACAUUGUUAGUAUCGGAGACUUACACAGUAACUGGAGUAAAGAAGUGUCUACCACAACAUUGCAAGACAAACCAAUCCCGCCUACAUUUACAAUAAAAGAAAUUAACAACUUCAAUUUCUCUUUGACUUGGGAAUUUCCGAAACGUUUACCCGGCACCUUAGAGCAGUGCGAUAUCGUGAUCGAUUGGGAACCACGUUACUCAAUCCCAGAUUGGUGCGCCUACGACGAACCGAAAAAACCCAUAUCUGUAAAUUGUAGUGUAGACACACUUACAUAUGAUUUUCAGGAUUUAAAACCAUUUACAACUUACAAGGUUAAGAUGAGAGCAAAAACAUGCGCGAUGGAAUGGAGCGAGUACAAUGAACAAAAUUUUAGCACCAAAAGCACAGUUCCAGGUGCAAUCACGAAAUUUAAUUCCUCCUCUAUUAUCAUCAGAGAAACCUCGAAGAAUCCAAAUGUAUUGGAAACGGUUUUAACAUGGGGCAUGCCAUGUUCUUUAAACGGUGAAUUUGAGUUCUUUAAUAUAUCGAUUUACGGUACCAGGAACAAUUUCGAGCCUCAUUCCUUCUUCAAAAUAUACAAAUGUCCGAAUCAUAUGUGCACGAUGAUUCUCAGCGAGGAGGAAUUUCAUCCGAAGGGAGAAUUCAAUUAUACCUUCACGAUAUACACCAAAGUUAAAAACAUCGAGAAUCUCGGGCAAGAGACGAGUCAAAGCAUACAGUAUCCUCCUGGCAUACCGCCGCAGCCCGACGAUGAAUACAUCAACAUGAUCACUUCGGGAUUGACGGUGCGACAGAAAACCACAACGACGGCUGUUAUUUUCCUGCCCCUGUUCCCCAUUGACAACGGCGACAUCAAAUACUACGCCAUCAUGGUGUCGGAGAAGGGACAUAAUGAGCAAUUGAGUAAAAGGUUCGAUGUGGAAAAGAACGACUGGCCUAAUGCGUCCUCCUGGAAGGAGGCGAUGAUGAAGGAAUUCACGAUAGCAUAUCAAGCGACGCGGCGGAGGUGGGAUCCUUAUGAAGACAAACUUGUUGUCGAUUAUGAUGGCAUAAGAGUCAUCAAGUAUGACAUCGGCGUGGACUCAAAUUGCAAGGAGUUCUCGUUGAAUACGGACCAACGGCUGUACUGCAAUGGGCCUCUCAAACCAGACAUGUGGUACGAUGUCAGAAUAAGAGCGUUUACUUUCGGCGGUUACAACGAUUCCGUCGUAUUUUCGAUAAAAACGAACGCGGAGCUGAAUAUUGUUUCGGUCAUCGCAGCUGUCUUCAGCAUACUUCUCAUGGGGAUACUGGUGACGAUGAUGUUGCUCGUGCGAAAAUGUUCGCCGUAUAUACUGUUACGAAGACUUUUGCAUUCUGACAUGCCCGGCUCGCCUGUGCCCGCGCCGUUCACCAGAAAGAAAUUCAUUAACCAUUGCCAGGAAUUGGUGGACAAUCCUGGGAAGUUGAGCAAUGAAUUUCGGCUGCUUCAGACUUUGAGCGUCGAUUUACAGAUGCCCACGAACACCGCUUGUUUGCAAGCUAACCGGAAGAAAAAUCGCUACUCUGAUAUUUUACCCUAUGAUUUCUCAAGAGUAAAGCUGGAAGUGAUAGAUAAUGAUCCUAACACGGAUUACAUCAACGCGUCAUUUAUAAGAGGAUACUCGGGAGAAGAUGAAUACAUAGCUUGUCAAGGUCCGAAGGAGGAAACUACCUAUGAUUUUUGGAGGAUGGUCGAUCAGUACAACAUUAACAUUAUAGUUAUGCUAACGCAAUUGGUCGAAAAGGGCAAAGAAAAAUGUCAUCAAUAUUAUCCGACGAUUAGAGAAACUUUCCGAUACGAGAACAUGACGAUACGAUGCACGAGUGAAUUAGACUUCAGGACGCACACCCAAAGAACGCUCAUACUACAAAAGGAAAAUAAAAAGAGGAGUAUCACUCAUUUGCACUUUAAAGACUGGCCUGAUCACGAUGUUCCAGAGGAUUUCGAUGCAAUGAUCAAUUUUUGUCAAAUUAUGCGCCGCAACAUUAGCGCUAAUAAAGAUUUCAUCGUCGUUCAUUGCAGUGCAGGAAUUGGUAGAACGGGAACGUUAAUAGCGAUCGAUAUCCUCCUGCAACAUCUUAGGGAUGAUAGGAAAUUAGAUGUCUUCGGAACUGUAUAUAGAUUGCGGCAUAAUAGAAUAAAUAUGGUGCAGAGAGAAAGCCAAUACGCUUAUAUAUAUAAUUGUAUAAAGCAAGUACUAAAAAAUCCUUAUUUCUUAAAAACUUGUAAACCACCGCCGGUUAGUCCAGUAUAUCAGAACAUCUCUAAGAAAGCUAAAGAGACAACGAAUUCAGACAAUAAUCUAGUCAACAAUCUCGAAUUAUUAAAAAAAUAUAAUAGCUCCAUAUCUAUGGAAUCUCUGGAAUCAAUCUAUAAUCUCUUUCCUUGGUCAACUGCGAGGAACACAAUAAAUAACGGUUUAAGACACUACAAAUCAAUGGGUGCCAUAAAUGUAAAGACUCAUCACGUUACUAUAGGAAGGUCUCGAACUUUGGAUCGUGUCUUUUAUAAAUCGCAGAAAGAUUCAUCGUGUGAAAUAAGUAUAGAAGGUUUACAGGAGAGCUUUCCAUUAUUACCCUCUUCGAAAUCAACUGAUGUACUUGGCGACAGCACGCAACAUGCAACAGACAAGACAUGUGAAAGAGAUGAUUGAAUUAAAUUAGGUUAUACGUUUUAAAUUCAUUCAGAGUAUGGAUAUUUUAUUAUAUGAAAGCAUAAAUAAUGUAAAUAUGAUGCGAUGACAAAAUCCAAGAAUUCUUAAGAUAGGAUUGAUAUGUUAUUUUACACAUUACUCUUUGUAAAUAAUUGUAAUUCUGUGUGAACAUUCCCAUAUAUGAGCAUAUGUCGCCGGAAUGUAUUAUGUGAUAUUAAAUAUAAUGCUUAUCAGCAUUGUUACCUGA